AUGCAUCGUGAAUACCACUGUGAGUUUGUUGAUUUUAAUAAAUUAGAUUUUCAAGAACAUGAAACAUUAAAUAAAUUUUUAACAGCUGACAUCGUGUUAAUGGAUGUCAGUAAUCCACAAAAACGACCUGUUUUUAUGUAUCAUAAAGGCAAUCGCGAAAGUAUUGGCUAUACAGAAGACAUCGUUCUCAUACAAACUAAUGCUGGGAAUGAUGCCAUUCAAGAUUUGAAGGCUUGUAAAAUUAAACGACUGGUUGUUUACCUUUAUGAUGAAGCUCAACAGGUGUUCUAUGAUCUGACGUCACCAUCACUAUUUCAACGAUUUCCAUUGCUAAAAAAUACUCUAAAAACAUCCCUAGAAGCAGCAUCAGCCAUUAUUAAAAAAGGUUUAAGUGAUCGAUAUAUUGCACGUAUGACUGCUAGCCGAUAUGAAAUCAAUGAUACGGCCCUUUAUAAAGAAUUUUUGUGGAACAAAAUUUGCAAUAAAAUAUUUACAAAUAAAGAGCAAGAGUAUGCAACACCCGCAUUGAUAUUAAAUCUACUUUAUGCAUUUCGUGAUAUUCAGGUAAGAAAAAUAGUAGAUGUUAACGGAAUCACAAUGUUCUCUAUACCUAUGCUAUCACAGGAUUAUGAAUCCAUGAUUAAAGUUAUUGAAAAAUGUAAACAAUCAGAUGUUAUAUGGAAAAAAUUAGCACCUAAUCCAAUGAUUGUAUAUCUUACUGCAUUCGCUUAUAGCAGACGGAAUGCUGAGGGCGAUAGAGAUCGAGCAUUACAAAUUCUGGAAAAGCCUACUACAACUAGAAAAACUGAAAAUGAGCAGUCAAAUGAUGCAAUAUGUCUAUGUGGACGAAUCUACAAGGACAAAUUUACCGAAUCGAAUUUUGAAGAUAAGGAAAGCUUGGCUAAAUCAAUCGAGUGGUAAGUGAGAUAUAAAGUGCUCUUAUAAUACAGUAUUGAAAUGAGUAACAUCGAACAUUCAUCCUUAUCGAUUCUAAUAGUUAGAGAUGUAAUUUUCAUGCUUUAGCACCAUGUUGAAUCCUGUUUUUUAUGCUAAAGGACAAAAAGUUCUUUUAACAAGUUUUGGGCUCCUGAGGAUCCCCCUUGAGUCGAGUCACUGCAUGAAAGCCACAACUUCACAUGCUCAAUGACCAUCUCAGAUUUUUCUCAAACCAGUUUCAUUUGGCAAAGCUAAGUGAGAAACUUAUAAAUUCAACGUUUUUCCGUUUCAGAACUUGUCCUUUUGGAGAUAUCAUUUUUUCCCCCGAAGUACCGAGUCGAAUAUGCUCAAGGGCAAAAAAAGUAAACAGUUUUUUUCUUGUGAAUG